AUGGAUAAAAUGUUGAACUCGCAAAAAGAAGACUUUAAAGACACUAAUGUCGAAAGAAACAAUAAUUCAUUCGAUGUAUUGGGUAAGAAAAGAUACCUUACAUCGUAUAAUCCAAAAAUUAAAACACAGACGAUUCCGUAGACUGUUGCCCCGCGAGCAGAGGUUUUUGUCUGUUGUUGUUUGUUUGUUUGUUUUUUUCCUUCGGGUGGCUUGCCACCAGUUGCUUGUGUUUUGUUAGUAGCCUCGCGAACGACUUCGUAAGUGUUAUGGUAUAACAGCCCGAAGGGGGAGAGGGGUACUAUCUAUAAUGGCUGGCCUGCAAAAACAUCCGUUUUUCCUCACUACUUCGCCGCUGGGGACGUUUCGCGCGCAGGAACGUCUACGACUCAGCGACAGAAAUUCCAUGAUCGUGCCAUAUAGUCCGGCGGCAUAGCUCAAAAUUUCGGUUGAAUCGGCACUUUUAGAGUACAAGCAUGAAAUUUGGCACCCUGGUAGUAGUCACCAAUACAAGCAUUUUCAGAUAUAGUGCUAAGCCGGAAUUAUGUUGGUUUCCAUAGAAACCACAAUUAAUUAAAAUUCAUGAAAAUUCCAUGAAAUUCCUUUUUCUUAGUUUAUCAAGACACAGUAUCAUUUCAGUCAGUAAUACCAAUCUGUUUACCGCGGAGUUCUUGUUUAGAUGUUUAGAUUUAAAUAGCCAAGGCCCUUUCAAAGAGAUGAGCGUGUAGGAUGUUGUGGGGUUUUUUGUCUGUCCCUUAGGCACCCAAAGUUCCUUCAAGUCUAAUUAAUCCUGUUCUAGCUAGACUCUAAGAAAGUGGGGAAUACGAGAGCGUGAAAGUUCGAAUCAUAAUUGAUUAGAGACCAUUUUCUUCUGCAUCGGCUACACGAACUUGCAUUUUCAUGUCCUCUUCUUCUCCACGCCAACAGAAACAUAGUUGAGCGUGCCCGUUUGCUGCCGGUGGAUUUCUACUGGCAUUUUUUUUUUCAUCAUGUGAUCCAGUUUCAUCCUGUUGAACGCAUUACGACAAGAUCUAUGACACAUAGCAUACGACUUGCUUAUGUGUAAGCAAUUCUAUUUCAAACGUUUAAACAUUUCCCGGUCAAUUGCAAAAUUUAAUACCCCCCCGCCCUCGCGCCGCCUCAUAAAAUUACGUCUUGCACAAAACUCAAAGUAAGGUAUCCAGCACCAGAUUAGUGCCGUUCCAGUUAACAGGGCAGGCUACACAAUCUGUUGCAGUCAAUAUUUCAAGCAGCUAGAUAAUGUAUAAAAAACCAUGGUCAAUUUUUGUCUGCGACUUUGUGUGUUGAAUUCCCUUAAGUGCAGGACAUCGAUUUAAGUGAGUUAAUUCAUGUUUUGAAGUCUGUCUCCAUUGUGACUUCUGAACACACAACAUUUUAAUUUUGUCGUCAGUAACUUUUUGAUUGCUAAGGUGUCCCCUGAAUAGAGGUGAAACCAGGGUUUGGACCCAGAAAAAGUGGCCCUUCCCCCUGAAUAGAGGUUUCCCUUCAAUAGAGGUAACAAAUACAGAGAUUAUGUGAACAUUUUUCGGGGACCAAAUUUUUUGUCCCUCGAAUGGAGGUGUUACUUGAAUAGAGGUGUCUCAAAGGAGAGGUUCCACUGUAAUUUGUCAAAAAUGGUAUGUAACAGGGUAAGGUAUCGGACCUUGGGGCGGAGCCCUCCCGUACGUAGGGUAACAGAAUGUUCUGGAAAAAGAAAAAGAAAACCCUGCAUCCAGUAAGUUACGAAAAAUCUUCAACACAAUUAACGUUACUCAACAGAAAGAAAUACAGAAUCAUAUCACAGGGGACAGACACGGACACUGGACUGUUAUUCAUCAAGGCUCUCGCUCUUCUUUGCAGAUCAUUAUCGCAAUAUUGCAGACAAGUAUGACUACUUCUACAAAGAAGUUCACCAAGGUUACAUUCCCAUCCUAAUGAAAUGUUUGGACUUAAAGCCAGAGCACGUGGUCGCUGACAUUGGCAGUGGAACGGGUGCCAUUGCGAAAGAUCUCUUUGAAUUAUCAGAUCUUCACAAUCCUAUUUGGUGUGUUGACCCCAGUCCGGAAAUGCAAGAAGUUGCUCGACAAAAGAAAGGGGUUAACUCUAUUCUUAAAACAGCUGAAGAAUUUUUUUCGAAUCCGCAAAUUAGCGAGAGGUUUGACCGAGUGAUAGCUACUAUAAGUGCACAUCAUUUUGUAAACGCCGAUGCUGUUUUUGAGGGAAUACUCCGUAGUCUACGUCCCGGUGGUUUUUUCUUGCAAUUCAACGCCAUCAAGAGCACUCUCCCGUCAUUUAAAAGUGCAAAAAUGCUUCUUAGCCAAUGUUUUGAGCGAGAGAGCGAAUUCAGCGACCUAUUGCUGAGAAAAAUCGGUUUAAAUGGAAAAAUUUCUGAGGAGGAGUUCUCCUUUUCAGCGGGGAUAAAGAAAUCGAAGCUGUACGAACGAUAUCGAUGCCGUUUUGUAAGUUUAUUUCAGAAAUUAAGCGAUGACCAAAUUGAAGAGGGAAUAAACGAGUUAGACAAUGAACAUUUUCAAAAUGUCAAUGAUGAUGAGGUCAUCAAUUACGAGUGCGCAGUGCUUGUGACAAAAGUAGAGAAAGUAGCUUGA